AUGGCGCGUGGUUGGACUCACCUCCGAGGCCACCGCGCGCACCACCAGGUACAUGGAGGUGAGAAGCGUCAGCAUGGUGCGUCAGUCCCGGUGUGCGUCUGUCCCCGUAUGGAGCGCAAGAUACGGAUCUGCAAACCCACGGAGGGAGAGGCAGCUGUGGCCGAGUCUACACUGCGACUGUCCCGGGACGCCUGCCGCCUCCUCACGGUCCUCUCACUGUCCUCAAAUCCACCCCUGGUCCAGUGUACGAGCACGCGCACACGCACAAACUCUCACACAGGAGCGCGCACUGCAGUCUAG